ACAUAGCAGUCCUGUUCAUAAAAAUUGAGCCACAGUGUUAGGUGAUUUCCAGAGAAAAGUGCACAUCUGUGAAAUAAACAGGACUGCGUAAGCUUGUGUCUUCUUCAUGCUUGUGUGAAUCCCCCACUUGGUUCUAUCGAAGAGUGAAAAGUGUGUGUAUUUCCUGUUCCCGCUCGGUGCAUGUUCUGAAGCUAACAAUAGCAUGAUGUUGCGGUUAUUCCUCCUGACUUUGCUUCUCACAGUGAAGGCUUUUGAAACAGACACUGAUGGUUCAGGAUACGUAGGAGAUGAUGAAGAAGAUGAGGAAACACAAACACCAGGAACACAUCUUGCUGUGAAAAAUGAAUUCAGCAAUGUCGACCAUGAUGACGGAAGCACCACAAUCAUUAUCAUAGCAGCAGUGAGUGUGGUCACUCUGGCCAUUGUGGCUAUAAUAGCUGUAAUACUUUUCAAACGUCAUUUGCAGAGACGGGAACAAGGUGUGUACAGUGUACCAGUGGAGCAGGGCCAGAAAUGCAUCUAAACUUGCAGUUCUCCACUUCUGCUUCUGGGAUCUCAGCAGGGACACCUCAACACAAAAAGAGCUUCAUUUAUGCAGCCUGCCAUUAUGUCAAAGCAGACCUAUUUUCUUACUGUCAUCAACUUUAACUUGUCUUUAGAUUAAUCGAUUUUAAAUGAAUGCACUCUUUUGUUGAAAUACUAUGGACCAAAGAAUGAUUUCUGCACCACUGAUAUCAUUUGUUUCUAACUGAGACCAGAUGUUUUAUUUUUUAUUAUUUUUAUUUUUAUUUUUUUAGUUUUCAACAUCUCUAAAUGUGCUAUUCGCUGCAUGGUAGCCCUCAUGAUUCUUUAUCUGGUCCAAAUCAGAUGCACUUUAAGCACCUGUGGUUAGUCAGAGCAAUCAGAUAAACUUCCUACAAUUUUUUCCAUUUAUGGUAAGCAUAUCUUCCAUUGCCCUCAUGCAGAAUCUCGAAGGCAUUCAAGGGUGUAGGGAAAAGAACAGAAACUUUGUUACAUGCGUAGGGCCAGACUGGGUUUAGUAAAAAAAAAAAAAAAAAAGUAACCAGAUGGUGACUGAGAAACUACGGAUAGACCAGUGACAGUUCUAUAUCAUACAAGAAUAAGUUGGACAUCUAGUCUUUUAUUUUUGCUCUACCUUCACUGGAGUGCUAAUCACCUCAAAUUUAAAUGGCUGGUGCUAGCACAAACAAACCCUCUGAAAUCCAAGGAUUUGGAGGGGUCAAGAAGGCACUAUUUCACCCAGGGAAUCUCUUACAGGGAUAGCUUUGUAACAUAUACAUUAAAGUGACUAAUCCAAAUCACCUGUGUGUGGGCGAGAAGGAGGUGUGAAACACACCUACACAGGUGCUGUACAUUCAUCCUUGCUUUUACUUGUUUUUCUUGCUUUAGGUCUUUCUUUCAAAUAAAGUGGUGCUCUAAUUGCAUAGGCCUCUAGGUGUUUGAGCUUGACAGUUAAGAGUGUGUGUGUGUUUGUGCUGAGCAGCACUCGUCUAAAACCAGUGUAGCCUACAGUAUAACAAUCCUGUAAAGUCACUCACUGAAUGAAUUCUUGCACUGAUGCAAUAUUAGAUUUUAAAAAACAUUUCAAUUAAUUGUAGCAAUAUUUAAUUUAAUUGGGUUUGACAAUACAAAUUCAUCUUUCUAGGAAAACCUGUAAGGAUUAUUGGUAUUAUUAUUUUUUUUUUAGUACAAAGCCUCAUCUAAAACCCAUUUUUCCGUUUAAGGUUUUUUUUCUAUCUGCUUUGCACCAAGUAUUGAUUUUACUCAUGAUGACAGAUUUCUUUUGAGUGCCUGUUCUUUGUCCUGUCUCAAACUGUUUUACUAGAAGAAGAGAAACGAACAUGAACUUAGCCAUUUUAUGACAUCUGUUACUGGCUUGUAAUGAGGCAAUUUAUUACAGCUUUGAUGGAUACAAUAAGAAAAGAAAUAUAUGUUAUAUGGAAUGUAGGGUUUAAAUAAAGCCUAAAAAAAAAAAAAAAAAAAAAACAA